CUGGAUCUGUGUGUGGCAGCAGCGGGUCUGGGAGCCGAUUCCUGGGACAGAGCAGAUCAAGUUCACUCUGCUCAGCCUGGGGCCAUGGGGAGGAAAAAAAUUCAGAUCUCGCGCAUUCUGGACCAGAGGAAUCGGCAGGUGACUUUCACCAAACGCAAGUUUGGACUGAUGAAGAAGGCCUACGAGCUGAGCGUGCUCUGUGACUGCGAGAUCGCCCUCAUCAUCUUCAACAGCGCCAACCGCCUCUUCCAGUACGCCAGCACCGACAUGGACCGCGUGCUGCUGAAGUACACGGAGUACAGCGAGCCCCACGAGAGCCGCACCAACACCGACAUCCUCGAGACAUUGAAGCGGAGGGGUGUGGGCCUUGAUGGGCCAGAGCUGGAGACAGACGAGGGGCCUGAGGGACCAGGAGAAAAGCUGCGGCGGCUGGCAGGUGAUGGAGGUGACCCAGCCUUGCCCCGGCCCCGGCUCUAUCCAGCAGCACCCACUAUGCCCGGCCCGGACAUGGUGUAUGGGGCCCUGCCCCCGCCAGGCUGUGAUCCCACGGGGUUUGGGGAAGCCCUACCUGCCCAGAGCCGCCCGUCUCCCUUCCGACCAGCAGCCCCCAAAGCUGGGCCCCCAGGUCUGGCACACCCUCUCUUCUCACCAAGCCACCUCACUAGCAAGACACCACCCCCACUGUACCUGGCAGCAGACGGGCGGAGGCCAGACCUGCCCGGUGGCCUGGCUGGGUCCCGAGGGGGUCUUAGCACCUCGAGAAGCCUCUAUGGUAGUCUACAGAGCCCCAGCACCACCUCGGCCCCGGGACCCCCUCUGAGCAGCUUCCCUUUUCUCCCUGCAGGCCCCCCAGAAUAUAGCCUGGGAGACCCCCCGCCGCCCCCUGGCUUGCUGCAGCCCCCCACCCUGACUCCUUGGCAGUCCUCAAGAGGGGAUGGACCCCCAGCCACCCCCGCCCAGUCCAACGGGGGCCGCAGCCUGGGCGAGGAGGGUCCCCCCACCCGCGGCGCCUCUCCUCCAGUCCCCGCAGUCAGCAUCAAGUCCGAGCGCCUCUCGCCGGCCCCCGGGGGCCCGGGCGACUUCCCCAAGACCUUCCCCUACCCUCUGCUCCUCGCUCGGCCCCUGGCAGAGCCCCUGCGGCCCGGGCCUUCCCUGCGACGGCUGUCUUCCGCGGACAGCUGGCCCCGGUGAUGGACCGGAGGGUGGCACUGGCCCAGUUCCUCGCCCAGCAGGACGAGGGCACGUGGAGACCAAGUCUC